AACGCCAAUUAUAGACGGAGAGAAGGUAAGAAACUAAAGAUGGCACCCGUAGUAGAGGAUCCUGCAAUGUUGCAAACACUCAACACAAAUGCCACCCCUCAAUCAAACAGACCUUCAGAAACAGAUAUGAUUUUCUAUUAUCAAAGGUUACUCCCAUUCAGACAAAUAUUCCAAUGGUUGAACCAUUCACCUAAACCAACUACCGAUUUCACCAAGCGUGAGUUUGCAUAUGAAUAUCGUAACGGUGCUUACCAGAGAUACAACUCCUUUGGAACACUCGAUGAAUUCAAGAAUUCGGUCGUCAGAGCUAACCCCACCAGAUUUGAAAUUGGGGCCAUAUAUAGCAUUGAUCCCAAGGAAAGAAAGAACGUACCUAAACUGGCCAUGAAACCACGAGGCAAGGAAUUAGUGUUUGAUAUCGAUUUGACUGAUUAUGAUGAUAUCAGAACCUGUUGUUCCGGAACCGACAUUUGUACAAAAUGUUGGAAAUUCAUUCAAGUUGGUUCGAAAAUUAUUGAAUCGGCCUUGAGGGAAGAUUUCGGGUUUCUGAAUUUAAUUUGGGUUUUCUCCGGUAGAAGAGGGGCGCAUUGCUGGGUUAGUGAUGCCAGAGCUAGAAAUUUGGAUGAAACUAUGAGAAAGGCCAUUAUUGAUUAUUUGGAUGUGUUGGGUGCCAAGGGGAUCAAAAGUAGUAAAUUGAGUAUAAAGAAACCAUACCAUCCUCACAUUGAAAGAUCAUUUAAUAUCUUAAAGAACAGUUUCAGUGAAGUUAUAUUGGAAGAGCAAAACCCAUGGUUGACUUCCAUGGAUGCAAACAACGAGAAAGCUUGGGUUCAAAUUGAAGAACUAUUAUCCUUAAUCCCACAUAAGUCAUUACAAAUCGAGCUAAGAAACAAGUGGAAGAAUCUGUAUUCCAGCUCCCGUUCUAAAUGGGAUGAUAUUAACAAAUUGGCUAAACUGGUGCUUAAAUCAAACAUUCAAGUAAAUCAAUUAAAUGAAGCCAAAAAGGAUAUCAUUAUCUAUUACAUGUACCCAAGAUUGGAUGUUGAGGUUUCUCGUCAAGUCAUCCAUUUGUUAAAGUCACCAUUUUGCAUUCAUCCAAGCACUGGUAAUGUCUGUGUUCCAUUUGAUAUAAAUAAGAAUAUUUCCGGUAAUCCCGAAAACGACGAGUAUGGAUUCAACCCAACAAAUGCACCUAAUUUAAGACAAUUACAAAACGAAUUAGAACAAUCUGAAGUCCUCAACGAAGAAGGUGAAGGUAAACAUCCCUAUGAAAAGACAAGUUUGAAACCAUAUGUCGAAUACUUCACUAAAUUUGUUAAUGAUUUAGUGAAGCAAGAAUUGAAGGGAGUAGGAAAACGAGAAAGAGAGGAUAAUUUGGAGUUUUAAUAGAAUAAAUAUAUUGUAUUGCCUAUAUCUAUGUGCUUCUUUUUAUGAUUAUAGUUUCCUCAGUUCCACCCUCUUCAUGAUACCAUUCUAUAUAUUCCAAUGCUUGGUUAUAUUUUAUCUUUCCUGAACUCAAACAAAUAUCCCUAAAGCUUAAAUAUGGGAAAUGCCAUUUUGGUACGAAUAUAACAGUUGGUUUAUCACUAUUUUGUGUCCUCAAUUGAACAACAAAUUUCGGUUGUUUCAGGUCAAAUUCACAAGAAUUCACAAUUCCCGGGGUGGCAACGACAUAGGGUCUAAUGAUUGCAUUUGGAGCUCUUACUCCAUCAAAUGCAUAAUAAUGCUUUUUACUCAAGCAAGUCUCACUAAUUGUAGAAAUAAUAGAUGAUGCUGAAGAAGGAACUUCAUCCGCCUUGUCCGAAUUACUUAUUUCUUCAGCGGAUAUUCUUGACGAAGCUCUCGACAUUUUUGUAGACGCAAAUCUAGCUGCAUUUAUGAUUGAAUUCAGUCUACUUCUAACAAUAAUUGAAGCAUCAUUUGAUUUAUCAUCAGCAGAGUUCAAUCUACUCCCAGAAGUAUUUGUAGUAUGAUUUGGACUAUCGUCAGCUGACCAAAAUGAAAAAUCCUCGUUGUUCCAAAGAUCACCAUAUUCAUGACAAUUUACACUGGUAUAACACCAAAACGUGUGUGACAUGUUUGCGCCUUCAAGAGCAUUGCAAAUGGCAUCCAAUGCACACGUUUGUGAUUUAAAUCUUUUGGUAAUGUAUGAUUGUUUAUUAUCCAUAUCGAACGGCAUCCCUGUUUCCGACAUAAGGAUAGGAAUAUGACCAAGGCAUUCGUUACACUCUAGUCUAAUUUGCAUAAACUGUUUCUUGAUACAGUUUCGAAUUGCUCGUUCGCCAAGAACAACACCUAAUAUUGGGUUGAUAUAUCGAGAACGCAUUAUCCCAAAUGUAUCUACGUUGUACUUGACGUUCCAACUUUUGAACAUUAAUGAAAGCCCGUCAUAAUAAUGAGGACAAUAAAUUGUUUUGGAGUCAAUGAUUGGAUCAUUCUUUACACGCGGUGGAAUUUGAAGUGUUGGUGGUUGAAUUAAUACGAACGAGUCAGGAGUGAUGGAUCUAAUAGUUUCUUUGAAACUUCUGUAAUGAUCCAUAAAGUAAUGGUUUAUGAAAUAUUCCAUGUCAAUAUAUUUGUGUUCAGCUUUGCUCAACUUAUGCC